UGGGAUUCUCCACAUGAAGAAGCUGCGUCUCUGGCUCCCGGAGUUUCUGUCCAAGGUGCUGAAAUCUGCUGCUCCGGGGACGGCUCACGUGACUGCGCUUCCUCCCUCUGUGAGAACAGAACAGGAUGCUGUGUGUGCGCGUGUGUAGGCUAUGCACGGGGACACCUCAGUCCUGAUGAUGAGCGAUUCGGGCUCACGAAGAAGGCUUCUCUGAGACGGCGUCGGGGGUUGUUGUAGUAUGCUCACAGCGUGGAAUUACUGCAUUUGAAUGCGUAACUUUGACUAUACUGUAUGUGCAUCCUUUUCUUCUUCUUUUGUAUUUCUUUCGCCGUUGCAGGCAUUAGUGUGGCAACUGUGGAUGGGCACACGGGAGUGGGCUGCUGCCCACCAAGUCUGACUGUGUUUCGGAGGUGCUGAGAAGAAGAACAUGUAAGAGUCCGCAGGCAUCCCCGCAGAUCCUCUCGGAUUCACAGCCAAAAUGCAGAAAGGUUUGAGACUCAAUGAUGGCCACAUCACCUAUCUGGCUCUUUUGGCGAAGAAGGAUGGGACGAGGCGAGGUUGCCUGAGUAAGAAAAGCUCAGACAACACAAAAUGGCAUUCAAAGUGGUUCGCUUUGUUGCAGAAUAUGCUAUUUUAUUUUGAGAACGACUCCAGCUCACGCCCCUCCGGACUGUACCUGUUGGAGGGAUGUGUUUGUGACAGGGCACCGUCACCGAAACCAUCUCUCUCAGCGAAGGAAUGCUUAGAGAAGCAGUACUACUUUACGGUCACGUUCAAUCAUGACAACCAAAAGGCUUUGGAGCUGCGCACGGAGGACGUCAAGGACUGUGAUGAGUGGGUGGCUGCCAUCAUACAGGCCAGUUACAGGAACCUGGCUACAGAGCAUGAGACCCUCAUGCAGAAGUAUCUUCAUCUACUCCAAAUAGUGGAGACGGAGAAAACGGUUGCCAAGCAACUUCGACAACAGAUAGAGGAUGGGGAAAUCGAGAUAGAGCGGCUAAAAUCAGAGAUCGCUGGACUGCUCAAGGACAAUGAAAAGAUCCAGUCAAAUCCAGAGGUACCUCCCAGUGAAGAUGACACCGAGAUUAAGAAGAUCAAAAAGGUCCAGAGUUUCCUAAGAGGUUGGAUUUGCCGCAGGAAGUGGAAAACCAUUAUCCAGGACUACAUCCGUUCACCCCACGCUGAAAGCAUGAGGAAGAGGAACCAGGUGGUGUUUAGCAUGCUGGAGGCCGAGGCUGAAUACGUCCAGCAACUCCACAUCUUGGUCAACAACUUCCUGCGACCGCUCCGCAUGGCCGCCAGCUCCAAGAAGCCGCCCAUUACUCACGAUGAUGUCAGCAGCAUCUUCCUUAACAGUGAGACCAUCAUGUUCCUCCAUCAGAUCUUCUACCAGGGCCUGAAGGCCCGGAUAGCCAGCUGGCCGACACUGGUGCUGGCGGACCUGUUUGACAUCUUGCUGCCCAUGCUGAACAUCUACCAGGAGUUUGUGAGGAACCACCAGUACAGCCUGCAGAUCCUGGCCCACUGCAAACAGAACCGAGACUUCGACAAGCUGCUGAAGCAGUAUGAGGCCAAGCCCGACUGUGAGGAGAGGACACUGGAGACCUUUCUCACUUACCCCAUGUUUCAGAUCCCUCGUUACAUCCUGACGCUGCAUGAGUUGCUGGCUCACACCCCCCAUGAGCAUGUAGAGAGAAACAGUUUAGACUACGCUAAGUCAAAACUGGAGGAACUUUCCAGAAUCAUGCACGAUGAGGUGAGUGAGACGGAGAACAUCAGGAAGAACCUAGCUAUUGAGCGGAUGAUUGUGGAGGGUUGUGAAGUUCUGCUGGACACCAGUCAGACAUUUGUUAGGCAAGGUUCCCUGAUCCAGAUCCCGAUGAGCGAGAAAGGAAAGAUCACGAGAGGCCGACUGGGCUCUCUGUCUCUGAAGAAGGAAGGAGAGAGACAGUGUUUCCUCUUCUCCAAACAUCUCAUCAUUUGUACCCGAGGCUCCGGUGGAAAACUUCACAUCACUAAGAAUGGAGUGGUCUCUCUCAUUGACUGCACACUGAUGGAGGAGCCAGAAGGGACAGAUGAUGAGUCCAAAGGGGAGAGGAGUGGGCAGGACACAGAGCAUCUGGAUUUUAAAGUGAUGGUAGAGCCGAAAGACGUCCAGCCCUACACCAUCAUCCUGGUGGCUUCAUCCCGACAGGAGAAGACAGCGUGGACAAGUGACAUCAGCCAGUGCAUAGACAACAUCCGCUGCAAUGGUCUGAUGAUGAACGCUUUUGAGGAAAACAGUAAAGUCUCCGUGCCACAGAUGAUUAAAUCGGACACCAGCUUGUACUGCGAUGAUGUCGAUAUCCGCUUCAGCAAGAUGAUGAACUCCUGCAAGGUGCUGCAGAUCCGCUAUGCCAGCGUGGAGCGUUUGUUGGAGAGGCUGACCGACUUGCGCUUCCUCUCCAUCGACUUCCUGAACACCUUCCUCCACUCCUACCGCGUCUUCACUAGCGCUGACGUAGUGCUGGACAAGCUCAUUACCAUCUACAAGAAGCCCAUCAGUGCCAUCCCUGCACGUUCUUUGGAGCUUUUCUUUGCCAGCAGCCAGAGCAACAAACUCCUCUACGGCGAGCCACCCACGUCGCCGCGUGUCAGCCGCAAGUUCUCUUCCCCUCCUCCUCUCUCCAUCACCAAGACAUCCUCGCCCAACCGCCGUCGCAAGCUUUCGCUCAACAUCCCCAUCAUCACAGGGGGCAAAGCCCUGGACCUGGCUGCACUCAGCUGUUCUCCCAAUGGCUAUGCAAGCAUGCACUCCACCAUGUCACCCUUCAGUAAGACCACCCUCGACAUCAACAAGCUCUAUGUGUCUAGCACCGUGGCCAGCAAAAUCCCCGAUGAGGGAGAGACCAAAGCGGAAGGCAAAGCUGAGGAGUCUGUCCUCAACAAGCAAGAUCUGUGUGUCAGAGAGGAAUGCGAUGGGGAGCCAAGUCAGAGUGACGAAGCAGAAGCAGAAAUGUCUCCUCCCAAAUCACCAUCAACACCCAAGAACGUCAAGUCCAAAAACUCUGAGUUUUCCCUGUUUUCCUUCAACAACGGCAUGGUGGUGUCAUCUUGCCGGGAGCUGGACAAUAACCGCAGUGCCCUUUCUGCCGCCUCGGCCUUCGCCAUUGCCACUGCUGGUGCCAAUGAAGGCACGCCAACCAAGGAAAAGUACCGUCGUAUGUCGCUCGCCAGCACAGGUUUUCCUACAGACCAGAGGAAUGGGGACAAAGAGUUUGUUAUCAGGAGAGCUGCCACAAACAGAGUUCUGAAUGUGCUGCGUCACUGGGUCUCCAAACACUCGCAGGACUUUGAGUUGAACACAGAGCUGAAGAUGCGGGUAAUUGGCUUCCUGGAGGAGGUGAUGCAUGACCCAGAGCUCCUGACACAGGAAAGAAAGGCAGCUGCCAACAUCAUCAGGACUCUCACUCAGGAGGACCCUGGGGACAACCAGGUCACGCUGGAAGAGAUUACGCAGAUGGCCAUGGAGGACUCUAAGACUGAGCCGUUUGAGAGCCACUCUGCCCUGGAGAUAGCUGAGCAACUAACACUGCUCGACCACCUGGUCUUCAAAGUCAUCCCAUACGAGGAGUUCUUUGGUCAAGGCUGGAUGAAGAAUGACAAGAAUGAGAGAACUCCCUACAUUAUGAAAACAACCAAGCAUUUCAACGAUAUCAGCAACAGAAUCGCCACAGAGAUCCUGCAGUGGGACGAUGUCAACCUGCGAGUGGGGGUGAUUGAGAAAUGGGUGGCAGUGGCUGACAUCUGUCGCUGCCUCCACAACUACAACGCCAUGCUGGAAAUCACAUCCUCUCUCAACCGCAGCUCCGUCUUCCGCCUCAAGAAGACCUGGCUUAAAGUCUCCAAGCAGACAAAGACUGUGAUCGACAAGUUACAGAAGCUGGUGUCAUCAGAGGGGCGAUUCAAAAACCUGAGAGAAGCUCUGAAGAACUGUGACCCUCCCUGUGUUCCCUACCUGGGAAUGUACCUGACUGACCUGGCCUUCAUCGAGGAGGGAACACCCAACUACACCGAGGAUAACCUGGUCAACUUCUCCAAGAUGAGAAUGAUAUCUCACAUUAUAAGAGAAAUACGGCAAUUUCAGCAAACGGCUUACAAGAUUGAUUAUCAACCAAAGGUUGCAAAGUACUUGCUGGACAGCAGUUCAGCCCUGGAUGAGGAGAGCCUUUACGACGCAUCUCUAAGAAUCGAGCCCAAAACUUCAUCAUGAAGAGGAUCUCUCUCUCUCUCUCUCUCUCUCUCUCUCUCUCUCUCUCUCUCUCUCUCUCUCUCUAUCAAACCUCAUAUUGAUCAAGUUUCAAGUUAUUUAUUGCAUUAUUUCCAGAGAAGCAGUUGUUGGCAAUGAAAAUCUUGGAUCUCAGGCUCCGUCCAACAAUGCUCAUUAAAUAUAUAUAAAAAGAGGGGUGACCUCUAGCGGCCCGGGUUCGAAUCCGACCUAAGGCCCUUUGCUGCGUGUCAUCCCCCAUCUC